CCCAAACACAACAAAGCCUCGGAGAAACUCAACUUCCGUUAGACGGAGAUGGCGAAAAUGAGAGUUAAAGCAAGCGACUUGUUGGUGUUAUCCUGAUUAUGGACGACUACGAGAGGCAAAAUCGGAUUCCAGGCUUUCUAGGGUUUACGGGUCCUCGAUUAUCGUUGCUCUCUGGGUAAUUGUUUCUUGUCUUAUUUGCCUCUCAGAUCUGCCAUUUUCCCAAUUUCGUAAACAAGUUGGUUUGUUUCCACUUCCGUUGAAAUGUCGAGAAGGAAAUCUCCCGUCGUCUUGCCGCAACCCGCUACAUCGGUUCUUCGUCGAUCGGCGAGGCUUAUCGCUCUGCAAAAUCGAGAUGUUCAAGGGAAAGAUCUGAUCUUUGGGUCGGAACCACCGAGGAAAAUCCGUCGGGAACUCGGACCGAAAGUGUCAUCAAAGAGAUUAGUAUACUCAUCUGGUGGUUCAAUCGAAAUUUCGAGCUCGAAGAAGAAAUCUCCUGGAUCCAACAGUUCGGUGGAAGGGUUUUCUUCGCUGAGGCGUUCUCUUAGGAUUUCAAAUAAGGGACUUUCCGAUGCCAACAAAGACAAGUCUCCACGAUGUAGUUCUGCGAAGCCUGCAUCUACCUCAUCAUCUCGCGUGAAAUCGACCAACGUUUCGCCUUCUUUUACUCUGAGACGGUCUCCUAGAUUCUCGAGUGGAGGAGGAUUUGUGGAUCUUCAAUCUUCUUUCAGUGGAAGGAAAUCAGGUAACAGUGUUUUGAGUAGAUGUAGUACGAAAUCAGUUUCAUCUGAGAAAGGAAAGAGUGGAGAUGGUGUCAAAUCUAGGGACACAAGUAGAACUCGUUUUCGUCCAAAGUCUAAGCAGAUGUCUAGAAGUUGUUUUGAUAGUGAAGAAGAAGAAGUUAGUGUCUGUCUUAGUGAGGGGAAAAGGAUGAGAAUUGCAAAGGAAAACGAGGAAGAAAAUGCUACUGUGCCAAAAGCUGAUGAAGGAAAGAGACUAGGAAAGGAAGAAGAAGAAGAAGAUGGAUUGAAGAUAAAGAACAAGCUUGAGAAAGGAUGGACAGAGGAUCUGGAAUCAGCUUUACAGAGAGCUUAUUUGACAGCUAAGCCGAGUCCUAAUUUCUGGAAAAAGGUUUCUAAGAUGGUACCUGGAAAAACUGCGCAGGAAUGUUUUGAUAGAGUGAACUCAGAUCUUAUCACUCCUCGUCAACCUCAGCCUCGAUCAAGAGCCAGGAAACCAAACUUAUCACCAAUUCCGCAGUUUUCUCUCUCUGCAAGCAAACUAUUGAAACCCAAUUCGCCAAAGAAUAAGAUACGACAGGGCAGAGGCAAUCUCUCAAAGAAAGCGAUCAGGCAUUUACUGGAGAAGCAAAAUCAUAUGGAUCAAGGUCUUGGAUUUGAUCUCUUCUCAGUUCUUGAGCCUGGCGCCACAAGCAACUUUCUCUCAACUCCAACGGGGAAAGUUCAAAGUCUUCCGAAAAUCCUUGAAAGUCCAAUACCGUGCUCAAGAUUUGCAAGGGAAGAUCAAACAACUCUCGUUAGUCCUCCAGUGCUGAAGCAGGUUAAAAACAAGGCAUUGCAUGAGAAGUACAUUGAUCAUCUGCACAUCAGGGAAGCGAAAAGAAAAGCUGAGGCUACCCGACUGUCCAAGAAAGAGAAUAUAAGACCUAAUGAUAAUCAGAAAAAAGAUUCGGUGAGAGCAGCUAAAGAUGCCCUUCUCUUUGAUGUACAAGAUGCAAUGCAGAAGCUUAAGAGUUUAGAGACUGAGAACUCAUCCAGCUCUUCAGAAUUCUGCUAUCAUCGUGGUGAAACUGACGAGGAAGAGGAAUCAAUCUAAUCUCCAGCCUGAUAGUUUUGAUUUUACUAGGGCACAGAGCAUAGAGAUUAGAGUAAAACAUUACUGUGAAUGUUGUAACCUUGAGGAUGAAACUACUUGUGUGAGUUUUGUUUAGUCAGCUGUUGUAUAGACAACCAAAGCUUUUUCUC